CCGGGCGGCUGUGCUGAGAGGAGGGAGGAGAGAGAGGGGCAGGCAGACGCCGAGCACAACGGCGGCAGCAGCGACAGCAACAGGAGCAGCAGUAACGCCAGCAUGACCACAGACCUCCACAGCAAACAGACCUGACCGCUUUGACACUGCGCCCCGGUGGAAGCGGCGAGACGCCACGGCGACUGUCCGACGCCAGGCGCGCAAAUAACCUUCGCGUUUCACGACCGAAGAAGACGAUCCAGCGUCAGAAACAGCGAGUGGGCUCUGUCUGCUCUGCGCUUCAAAACACUGCUCAGUAGACAUGGUGGACACCCAGCAGCUCCUAGCUUGGCCUGUGGGUUUCAGUCUGAGCGCCGUGGACCUUUCAGAGCUGGACGACAGCUCCCACUCCCUCGACAUGAAGCAUUUGUCCACGUUAGACUAUGCCUCCAUCUCAUCCUCCUCCAUCCCUUCCUCCCUGUCUCCCUCGCUUGUGUCCUCCAUCUCUUCCGUUGGUGUGCCCUAUGACCCCAGUCCACCGCAGAGCGAAGAGCACUUGACCAACAUGGACUACACAAACAUGCACUGCUACAGGACGGAGCCAAACACACACAAUUCAAUCAAGCUGGAGCCAGAGUCGCCACCUCAGUACUCUGACAGUCCCGUGUUCUCCAAGGUCCAGGAUGAUACGUCAGCGACAUCACUAAACAUCGAGUGCCGUGUGUGUGGGGACAAAGCCUCGGGGUUUCACUAUGGCGUCCAUGCCUGUGAGGGUUGUAAGGGUUUCUUCAGACGCACAAUCAGGUUAAAGUUGGUGUACGACCACUGUGAUCUUCGCUGUCGUAUUCACAAGAAGUCCCGCAACAAAUGCCAAUACUGUCGCUUCCAGAAGUGCCUUAAUGUCGGCAUGUCACACAAUGCAAUUCGUUUUGGCCGAAUGCCUCAGGCUGAGAAGGAGAAACUGCUGGCUGAGUUCUCGUCUGACAUGGAGCACAUGCACCCAGAGGCAGCAGAUCUGAGGGCUCUGGCCCGGCAUCUGUACGAGGCCUAUCUGAAAUACUUCCCCCUCACCAAGGCCAAGGCCAGGGCCAUCCUCUCUGGGAAGACUGGAGACAAUGCGCCUUUUGUCGUCCAUGACAUGAAGACUCUAAUGGAAGGAGAGCAGUUUUUUAAUUACAGGCAUAUGCCCAUCCAGGAGCACCAGCAGCAGACCUCUGCCCUUACAGCUGGACACGGAGGGGUCACAGGAGUUCACAUGGGGUCAGAGUGUGGUGUUUUGGGAAUGACCAGCAUCAGUGGACAGGGACCAAGGGACACUGUGGAGCUACGUUUCUUCCACAGCUGUCAGUCACGCUCUGCUGAAGCAGUGAGAGAAGUGACAGAGUUCGCCAAGAGUAUCCCCGGCUUUGUUGAUCUGGAUCUAAACGAUCAGGUAACUUUGCUGAAGUAUGGUGUGAUAGAGGUCUUGAUCAUCAUGAUGGCACCUCUGAUGAACAAAGACGGGACCCUGAUCUCCUACGGACAGAUCUUCAUGACGCGGGAGUUCCUCAAGAGUCUCAGGAAACCUUUCUGUCAAAUGAUGGAACCAAAGUUUGAGUUCUCCGUUAAGUUCAACACGCUGGAGCUGGACGACAGCGACAUGGCACUGUUUCUGGCUGUCAUUAUCCUCAGUGGGGACCGUCCAGGCCUACUGAAUGUGAAGCCCAUCGAGCAGCUUCAGGAAACAGUGCUUCAUUCGCUGGAGCUGCAGCUGAAGCUAAACCACCCAGACUCUCUGCAGCUUUUUGCCAAGCUGCUGCAGAAGAUGACCGACCUGCGUCAAAUUGUCACGGACCACGUCCACCUCAUGCAGCUGCUGAAGAAGACUGAGGUGGACAUGUGCUUACACCCACUGCUGCAGGAGAUCAUGAAGGACUUGUAUUAAAAUUUAACAGGAGAAGAGGACAAAAAAGUGGGAAGAAAAAUAAAAGAUUUUAUUUUUAAAAUCACGAGUUGAGAUUAAGCACUUUGUGCUUCUGAUGUGUUGAAAAAAGGGAGGUAGCCAGCCAGAAAGGCUGGCUGACUGAAAUGGAGAAAGAGAUGGGGGAAGAACAGGGAAAGAGAAAUCAAGGAAAGAAAGACAGAAUGUGAGUGUUAGAUCUUGUCUAGACAGCAGCAUGUGAAUAACUUGCGGUGCACAGUCAUUUAGCCUCUGCUGAGCCUGGACGUUUUGGUAUGAGUAGGCUGCCAACUUAAAUACGAAACUACCACCUAUUACACCAAUCAGGAUGAGCGUCUAUGACUAACUGAAAGAGUGGGGACUUUCUUAUUGGCAAGCUCAAGCAUAAAAUUGUGAAUGCUCAACACAGCCUGCUUCAAGUGCCUUAAGGAGAAAUGUAUCACUGUGAAUAUUGUACACCUUGUGCCACACAGUACAGUAUGUGUUGUUCAUGUGCAGCUUAUCUACGUUGCGUUACAACCGUCAUAGGCAGCAGCAGUUUGUAAUGUGCUUCAAUACCUCUGUGAACACGCACAACAAAUGCGUGAAUGCUCACGUAUACACACACACACAAACAAACAAACAAAUACUCAGACAGUGAUUUAAUAUUUUGGCAUCAGGGUGAAGGUGCUAUCUGUUUUUAAUCAGCUUUAUCCAAAGACAGAAAUCAGAUUAUUGCCUGUAACAUAUUUUAGUCGCUCUCACCUACAAAAACUGUGACAAAGUGUGAAGCCAACAAAAGGCACAUUGCCAUGAUGAUGUCAGCUCUUCGUUGAAAAAUGAAAAGGUAUAUCAUGCCUAUAAGAUUGAUGUUUCACUUUGUUGUGAAAUGAAUGAUGUAUAAAAAAUAUUAUAUAUAUAUUAUACAUAGAUAAUGUAUAAUAUACUGUAUAUUCCCUUGUAUUAUUUUCAUAUGGAUGUCGUCAAAUUUGGCUUUUCAUCCUCAGUUGUUUUAUUUCAAAAAAAUUCUUGAAAAACUGGUUGAAUUAUAAUUUUUACCAUGAAAUUAUUUUGUAUCUAUGCAAAGUGUCUACUGUGUCUGAUCAAUCAGAUGUUUUUUUUUUUUUGGGGGGGGGGGGGGGGGGGCGCUGUGCAGACAAAGGGACUGGAUAAAUACCGCUGAGGGAAAAGAAGAAAUUUGUUGUAAAUAAAAUAUUUUCUAACUUUUUAUUUGAAAUCUGUCUCUUGCUUGAAACCAUACAAGUGUGCUUGCACGUACCGUCAAAAUCAUUUUCCAAAUUGUCUUCCUUGAAAGCAUUCUAGUCACCCGAACUCUUGGAAAUCUGUUUUACAGUCAUUACAUCAGCUGUCCUCAGUGUCUCUUACCCAACACACGCACACCCUGUUGAAACGAUUGCAACAUCUGAACUCUGCUGAACCAUGCCGGAAGACCAAAGUCUGUGGAUACGGAUUUGAUCAGCAGACAGGGAGGUGUUUUUUAUUUUUUUAAGUUUAAUGUUUUUUCGACAUGUUGCUUUUUUUGAGGGGGCAUCACCUUUUGUCCCUUUUUUCUGACAGAUCAAUCUACAGAGAGACCUGAAAAAAAAAAAACAUAGGCUAGAGUGGGGAUAGCGUGCAACAUCAAGGUCAGAGCCAGAGUCAAACUCAUGACAUCACACUUCAGUCCACAGAGACAUCAGGUCACCUCAACACACAACACAGGUUCAUUUACACAGAGCUUUUCUAUUGUUUGGCUCUUUCCCAAGUUACAAGUCAUGCUGUACACGACAGCAUGUCUUCUUCCUCAUUCACAGAACACACUUUUCUUCAAAUAGGAGAUUUAGACUCAGUGAAAUCCACCAUGGGGACUAAGCUCUGCAAAUCAUAGGAUAAGCUGAAAUUAGAUAUGAGUCUUUGGAAGCCAUUGGACCUAUAAGCCGCAUUAACAAUACUUAG